AUGUUCCCAGCUUUGGAAACAGAGCUAAAGCAGCAGACUCUUCCUGAGGCCUAUGAAGACUUUAUGUACCAUCACCUCCAGUACUAUGGCUACUUUAAAGCCGAGAGGGGCAGUUUACCAGACUCUGCUACGCACCAGCAUGUUGGGAAGAAUAAUCCUCGAUACCUGUUGAGUAGCUCUUUUGGGAAACAGGAUUUGAUACCGGACCCCAUGCAAAAGGAGAAGCGUCUGUGGCCUACCUGUCUAUCUUCAACUGUGCACAGACAGAUAGAAGCUGUGAGCAGAGGUAUUUCAUGUCCUUCCAGACCAGAAAAUGGAAACUCCUGUAAGGAAAUUAAAGUUCCCAAGGAAGAAAAGGAAACUGUUCACUCAUUCCCCUUCCCUUUGGUAGAUUCCCUUAUGCUGAGUUCACCACUUCUUAAGAGCAGACAGCUUCUUCAUGACCUUGGUGAAGUAAACUCACGUCUUCGAGAACCCCGAGAUCUCUUUGCUUUUUUCUCCAGCAGUGGGCCACUGCAGGCUCCAAGAUGGCCAAUAGAAUGUGAGGUCAUCAAGGAGAACAUUCAUCAUAUUGAGUGGGUUCCACCUCAACCAGAAUAUUUCUUUCAACCUACAGGAAAUGAAAAGGCACCAGAAAUUGUAGGAGAAGAAAAAGGCACAGUUGUCUAUCAGUUAGAUUCAGUGCCCACCGAAGAUUCCUAUUUCACCAGUUCCAGAGUGGGAGGCAAACCAGGGAUUAUCAAGGAACUGGCAGUCACGUUGCAAGGACCAGAAGAUGAUACUCUACUGUUUGAAUCAAGGUUUGAGAGUGGGAACCUGCAGAAAGCUGUUAGAGUAAACACCUAUGAGUAUGAACUCACCUUGCGAACUGACCUCUACACGAAUAAGCACACUCAGUGGUUUUAUUUUCGAGUUCAGAACACCAGAAAAGAUGUCACCUAUCGCUUCACCAUCGUCAACCUCCUGAAACCCAAGAGCCUUUAUACUAUAGGGAUGAAGCCACUCAUGUAUUCCCAGUUGGAUGCCAGCACCCACAGCAUUGGCUGGAGGAGAGAAGGAAAUGAAAUCAGGUACUAUAGGAGCAACACGGAUGAUGGGCAGCAGCCCUUUUACUGUCUCACAUGGACCAUUCAGUUUCCACAUGACCAGGACACUUGCUUCUUUGCACACUUCUACCCAUAUACGUACACUGACUUGCAAUGCUUCCUCCUGUCAGUGGCAAACAGCCCCGUCCAAUCUCAGUUCUGCAAACUCCGAACUUUAUGCAGGAGCCUUGCAGGAAACAUCGUCUACCUGCUCACCAUCACCAAUCCAGCCCGGACCCCUCAAGAGGCAGCUGCAAAGAAAGCUGUGGUCUUGACUGCCAGAGUGCACCCUGGGGAAAGUAAUGGCUCCUGGAUUAUGAAAGGCUUUUUGGACUUCAUCCUUAGCAACUCCCCAGACGCCCAGCUCCUCAGAGAUAUCUUUAUCUUCAAAGUGAUUCCCAUGUUAAAUCCAGACGGAGUGAUCGUGGGGAAUUAUCGUUGUUCAUUGGCUGGAAGGGACUUGAACAGGCAUUAUAAAACUAUUCUGAAGGAGUCUUUCCCUUGCAUCUGGCACACCAGGAACAUGAUCAAGAGACUUCUUGAAGAAAGGGAGGUUCUCUUGUAUUGUGAUUUCCACGGCCACAGCCGUAAGAGUAAUAUCUUCCUGUACGGCUGUAAUAACAAUGAUCGCAAGUUCUGGCUUCACGAGCGAGUCUUUCCUUUAAUGUUAAGCAAAAAUGUACCAGAUAAGUUCUCUUUUCAUAGCUGUAAUUUUAAAGUCCAAAAGUGCAAAGAAGGAACAGGACGAGUCGUGAUGUGGCGGAUGGGAAUCCUAAACAGCUAUACCAUGGAGUCUACCUUUGGUGGGUCCACCCUGGGCAAUAAAAGAGACACUCACUUUACCCCUGAGGAUCUAAAAUCCCUGGGUUAUCAUGUCUGUGAUACCCUUCUGGAUUUCUGUGAUCCUGACAGAACCAAGUUCAUGCAGUGUCUAGCAGAGCUUAAAGAGCUCUUGCAACAGGAGAUCCAUAAGAAAUUCAAAGAACUUGGACAAGAUGUGGAUUUAGAAGGAAGCUGGAGUGACAUCUCUUUGUUUGACCUUGAAUCCAGCACCAGUGGUUCUGACAGCUCCCUCUCAGAUGGUCUCCCUGUUCACCUACUGAACACAGCAGGUGAGUUGAAUCAGAAGAAGAAGAUGUAUAAGAAGAAAAAAAGGAAGCCACUUCAGUCUAGGAAACAGCGAAAUAAACAGUAUCAGAAAAGUAAUUUGAUGCAGGAGUCAAAGUUAACAGAAGAUGCCCCAGAAGGGGCAGGGUUUGCUUCUACUCUGCAAAAGCAGCCUGCUUUUUACAAAAAUUCAGAGAAUACCAGUUCUUCAGUGAUGAAAAAUGAAAAACCAAGGUUGAAUGAGGUAUUAAAUGGAAGAGACAAAGGCACCUCCCUGGGCCCAUCAAAAAUGACCACCUUGAUUUUGACUAAGAAUAAAGAGAGAAUGCAGAGAGAGAAGCCAGGAUUUACAGUAUCGUGCUCUCCAAAGAGAAACACAAACCCCAGCCAAGAGCCAGCUCCAGAUAUGAAGCCAAACUGGUCCAGGAACAGAUAUCCUGCCACAAAGGGAGGCCGGACGACUGCGGUGGUAUACCCAUCCUUGCACAUAUACACCUACCCAUAG